GUCAUUUUAGUUCGGUACACCACCGCGUAGACGGUGGCAGCACACGCACUCAACUCUCAACUAAAAUAAAACGAUAGAAAGGUUAUAAUUGCAAUUGAAAUUCGUUUUACAAUAAAACGCCCAUACGUUCCUAAAUUACACAAUUCAUAAAUCGAAGAAGAGCGUACAAACCGCAAUAUUCGAAAUCGCCCUUAACGCCCGCAGGUAUUUUAUUUACGCAAUUAAAAAGCAUGUCGAAGAGCGGCGUUGGUCGAGGCAGGGGUUGGAUGAACCUACAAAAAAACCAACAACAGCACGUAUUACCGAUUAACAUCCACGCCAACGAGACUCCUAAGAUCUCCCUUAAAGACGUCACCGAAUUUAUCGAUAUAGAAAACGAUGAAUUGACGAAAAGAAUCAAAGAGCUGAACAUAAACGAUGACGGCAUUAAAUUCAACCAGAAGAUCAAGUUUAUCUUGGAGAAAUGGAAACAGGAUUGCCAAACGGGAGAAGAUGUCGAGAAGAGUUUCGAUGUAUUGUACCAGGAGUGCUUAAACGAUGAAGAACUGGCGUCCAAAAUUGUUAUCCUGAUAGCUUCGAGGAGCUUCAUAACCCAAGAAAUUCACGAUCAGAAUUUACGUUUGCUAUUCCUGAAGAAGCUUCAAAGUGAUUUCGAAAGCUGUAAAAUAUUGAACGAAACAAACCCGGCCGGAUUCAGGAACUAUGUAAAGAUGCUCGGCGAAUUCUACAGCAAAGCCAGAUUAGCCAACGGACAGCCUUUUAGUUUUAUGGUCACUCCGUUACUGGUGUGUCUCGAGAUGCUACUAGAAUCAGCUCAGCUCUCCGAUUUACAACAAUUUACUACUCAGAUAUAUUUGAACGGUAGCUCCAUUAAAGCGGAGUGUUCCGAUAAACUGAACGAUCUCAUCAACAACAUCCGUAUACUGAUUAUAGUGGAGAAGAAUCUGUCUCGAGAAGGUAGAUAUUGGCUGUUGCUGGCCUUGGAAAUAGCAGGGAAUAAAUUCGGAGCGUUGCCGAUUGAAGUGUUCAAAUUUUAUCAGGAGCAAAUCGGCAGCAAAGCCAUGGCGAUUUUUCAGGACGCCCAAAAUUCGCUAAGCGUACAAACGGUCAACGACAACAAAAAAUUAGAAAACUAUCAGAGUAGCGUGAACGUGUUGCAAUUAUCCAAGAAACCGGACGUACCGCCGGCUGGCAACGAUCAGAACAGUUCGUUUUUGUCCAAUUGCUCGGAACUGAACGCUUCGUCUACGAGUACCAGCGGUUUCGUGUCCGACACGUCCAGCCAGAAUUCCAACGGGGCUCCGCGCGAGGCCUCGCAGAAGUUCGGUAGGCCUAUAUUGGGCGCGGGGGCGCGGCUCAACAAGAGCAAAUCGGAGUUGCCUAACAAUAGAAAAGAGCCCUCGCCGGGCGGUUGGGUGAAAACGAACGGGCCCGGUUGGAAAGACAGAGGCGCCGAGAAGAACUCGAAGAGCAAGAAAGGUUGGCAACACGACGACAGAUUCGAUAACGACUAUAGUUAAGGUCGUAAGAGCACGUUUGUGUUCUAAUUUAUUUUUUUUGUAUUUUUUUCGGCUGAAUCAUUUUUCUUAACAAAAACUAUUUUCUCUGUGAUAUACGAAUUGUUUUCAGACUUAUCAUUUUAAAAUUCGACAUUUUAGAAGAGGCUUGGUUUGUACCAACAGUUCUGAACUUUUUCUACGGAAGUAGAAAUGCCAUAUUAUUGCUCGAAACAUUCGAAAUUUUCUAAUUGUUGAAUACUCAUCCUUUUUAUUUAUUGAAAAUCAUGUAAUUGUGUAACAAAAUAAUUGCAAAGUAUCUAAUCGAUUAGUUAUAGUAAUGAUUUUGUUGUGAAUCGGUAAAAUGGUUUGAUUCAAAUUAUUUGCCACGUGUGGAUUCUAAUUGUACGACUAGGCAGGGCUCUCACGAUUUCUUAAUUUAUAUUAUUAAAAUCUCUUUAUUUUUGUGGGCGUCAGGCUGAUGGUAAUUUUAAAUUAAACGAAUUCCCACAAGUGUUCUUUUAUAUUUGUAAUCGACAUUUAUGUAUCUAUACAGUUGGUGAUGCAUAGGCAAAGAUCGUUUUGUAUGCAUAUAAUAUAUACAUAGCAUUUGAUUUUUCCUAUACAAUAUUUAAGCUACUUUUAAUGUAAUUACGAAACGCGUUUUCAAAAUAUUUAGUGCAUUUUGCAAGGUUCAUUGACUUCUUAAUUGUGAUUUUUGAGGUUUCUUUUUAUCUAGUUUAAUUUUUUAUACUUUUUGUAUUAGUUCCUCUUUUUAUUGUCGCUGAGGUUUUAGCUAAAAAAAUUAUUUUACAAGAUACUUAAUUUUAUCUUUUAGAUACAAUCAUACAUCACAUGUACGAGUAGGUUGGUUUAUUUUAUUUUAGGAAAAUUAUAAAUUAUUUACAUCGGAUCCCAGUUUGUGUACGAAUUUUUGUCUAUUUAGGAAUCUCGCUAACAAAUUGUAAAUGUAUUAUAAUGUAGAUAAUAAAUAAGCAUUGGUACAUUUUUUAUAUCGGCUUAGAGAACAUUUGGGUGUUUAAACUUGUAUUAGGUUAAUAAUAAAUAAUUUACAUUUUUA